AUGGAAAAGAACAAGACCAUUGCUGAAUAUUUUGAUAAAAUUCAAGAGUUGGUGAAUGUUAUGAGAGCGUGCAAUGAUACUGUGACAUAUGAACAUGUGGUAAACAAGAUCUUGAGGAAUCUCCCUCAAAGAUUUGAUCAUGUGGUGCUGGGGCACUUUGCUCAUGAAUGUUGGGAUGGAGAAGGAGCAAAGAACAAGCCGAAUAACGAAGCAAAUCUUGCACAAGAUGAGUCCGGUUCAGAGGCAGUGAUGUUGAUGGCCAAAACAAGCUUGGAAGUAGCAGAUGACUCAUCCUGGUAUCUUAAUUUUGGAUGUUCAACACACAUGAUUGGUAAGAGAGAUUGGUUUGUGAAGAUGAGUGAGUCAUCCCAUGGCAAGAUUAGAUUUGUUGAUAACAACAGCCUAUCAGCAGAAGGAAUUGGAAAAGUAGUUUUGAGAGCUGAUGAUGGAAGAGAAAUCAUGGUGGAGGACGUAUUGUAUGUACCAGGUUUGAAGGCUAAUCAUUUUAGCCUGGGACAACUGCUACAGAAGGGGUUUAACAUCACUAUGAAGGACAAUUGCCUAAGUGUGUUUGAUCAAUACGAGAAACUGAUCCUUCAGGCAAAUCUGUCACAUAAUAGAAUCUUUCGUGUAGGAAUGAGUGCACAGAAACAUCAAUACUUUGCCACCACAGUAAGCAAAACUGAAUGGAUUUGGCAUCAUUAG